AUGUCCAGAUUUAAGAUGGGCUGGCUGGCAGACAAACCUAGCCGGAACCCACAUAAUUAUAAAGCAAGGACAUUUGGCCGUGUACCACGAGAUUCGGUGAACGUCUCAAUAGCGCUGAGGGCCUUGCUUCUUUCGCAGAUUACUCCCACCAGGCUUGACGUGAGAUUGUCCGCGAGGUCGCUACUCUGUUUCAAACUCCCCCAACAUCAGGAUACUGUUAUUAAAAGUGCUCAUACAGAAACCCCUACGCCAUUCAUAGCACGCCCUCGUUUUUAUCAGAACCUCACCGGAAAUUCUACAGUCCGAGAGCUGCCGUUGAACGACGACGAGAUAGCCUUCGUCGCCGGGGAGAGGAUAGAAGUCUUGGAGAGAGAUGACGCUUAUGGUGAUGGAUGGUGGACGGGUCGCAAUCUUGCCGGACACGAAGGGAUCUUCCCUAGGGAUUAUACUACCCCAGCGGGCCCUCUUAUCCCUGAACUGAGGACGCCUGGCGGCACUGCUGUACAAGAACUAGGGCCUCCAGGGCAUUCGACUUCCAGUUUUCACUCGGGCAAUUAUGGAAGCGUUCUACAUCCAUUGACAGAAGAGAAUGAAUCCGACACUGCCCUUGGUCCCUCGAAUGGAAGACUCAACGAUCCCUCCAACUAUCAAAAGACAAAUAACCUCGCGAAUGGAGGUGGUCAGGUCAUGGCUGCUACGAUGACCGAUAUACAGCACGCCAUUGAUCAGUUGGGAGUGAAGCGCUCCUAUUCUACUUUGACAGAUGAUAGAAUGACCGAUGACAGAAGAAGCGUCUCCUUCGUCUCCACGAGAGAUGACCGAACCAGUAUCUAUGACCACGAAGGGAGGCUCGAUGAGGGUAGGAGAGACAGUAUGUAUGAAGGAGAAGAUGGGAUGGAUGUUACUCCUGGUGGAAACACCAACAGAGUUACCCUGAACGAGGAGUGGCACCGAAAUGCCAGAAGAAGACUUUUUGAGAAGGUGGACGAAAUGGAUGCUGAAGCACGCCGAAAAGCGGAGGAAGAGGAAGCAGCAUAUACAAACAACUACCAUCGACCACCUGUUGAGGUCGAAUUCAGUGAUGAAAGUGAGGAUGAAGAUGGUCACCAUCACCAUCAUCACAAUGCACCUCCCAACGACCUCCUAAGCCGGAUACAGCACAAGCAUGACGAUUCAAUACCCUCUACAUUGCCAUCUACCUUUAUAGGAGAUCAUUCGACCACAUCCCUACCAUUCGUGAAGGAUGAUGGCACUGAGAAUGUUGGUGUACCAAGUGCCGCUGUAAAUGGGCGACACCUCACGGACAGUCCGGCAAAAGCUGAUAGUCCAACACUUGCAAUCAGCAGGCACGAAACCCUAGAAUCUAACAGAAUCGACUUAUCCACUUCUCCUCCCGACGCUGAAGCUCAAGACAAGCGGUCAAUUACCCCAGUCCCAUCUAAGAAGAGUGACGAUCCCCUUCAGAAAGCCAAGGAUUUGUCGAUACCCAACAUUGGCAAGCCCCCAAAUGAGCCCAUGGAAGCGAAGCGAGAUUCUCCUGAGUUCCUUCCGAACUUUGCACCAACGUCACCAUUUGAUCCUUCUCCAUUCGCCCCGACCAUACCUGGUACUGCUGACUCUCGAACCCAGGGAGAUUAUCCGAUUUCAUCAUCCACAAUCUACCCUGCCACACAGGCUUCUCGGGAUGCCUCUCCUUCGCAGCCAGUAUCAAAGUCGCCUUCAUAUAUUUCAUUUCUUCCAUCCCCCACAGCUGCUACAUUUGCCCAUGCUCCAGGCGGAAAUAUGGACCAGCCUCCCGUCUCGAGUGAAGGAUUUUCUCAAUCUCAAUCUCAAAGCAGUGUCCCGGAGAAAGUGAUUAACGAAGUUGACCACUCUGUUCGUGCCAACGACGUAAUUUCUUCACAGGCCAGGCAACCAAUCGGGCAAACGGCUGUCGUUCCUUUGACUACUUCUGGAUCCCUCCUACCACCAUCCAGCAAUGUACCAUCUUCCCAGGCGUCCCCACAGAGUACCAAGAAAGUGCCAGUAUCCGAGUGGACCGUAGAUCAAGUUGUAGACUGGAUCAGAAGUAAAGGUUUCGACGAAGGCAUUUGUAAAAAAUUUAUCGGUGAGUAUUCCAAUGAAUUAUGUCCACUCUUAAUAAUGACUGUUCGUAUAGAGCACGAGAUUACAGGAGACGUCUUGUUAGAAUUCGAUGCCAAUAUGCUGAAAGAGAUUGACAUCGUUGCAUUUGGCAAGAGGGUCAAGAUAGCCAAUGCUAUCAACGAACUACGCAGACCACCCUCCUUUGAAUCUUCUGAUGCUGCCUCUCUUAAACCAUCCGUCUCUCAAUUUUCCAUGGUCGGAAACCAGUCUACAUAUUCUAGCGUCCCUCAGUCCGUCUCGGUACCACAAUUGGCUGCAGCUCCAGGACAUGGUCAUUCUUUAAGUCACA